GGAGUGAGGGAAGGAAGGACCCUGAAGUGAUUCUGGGAUCUACGAGCCCCUCACAGCCCUGGAAACGGUGGAGGGAAGAGUAAAACAAUUCCCCCCUUCCUCCUGAGGCGUCCCGGUUCUGCGGCAGGCUGGCCCGCAGAUUCAGAGAAUAAAAAUGGGAACUCCUGGAUCAGGACGGAAGAGAACUCCAGUGAAAGACAGAUUUUCUGCAGAAGAUGAAGCUCUAAGCAACAUUGCCAGAGAGGCAGAAGCCAGACUUGCAGCAAAACGGGCAGCUCGAGCAGAAGCAAGAGAUAUACGUAUGAGAGAGCUGGAGCGACAGCAAAAAGAGGAAGAUGCAGAGAGGGCCAGAUACUCUCACCACUCCAGUCGACAUUCAUAUUUGAGUUCCUCAGAUGUCAGUGCAUCUCACAGGAGCAGAGCAAGUACCUCCAAAAGGAGAGUUUUUGUGUCAUCUUCUCUAUACAGUGAUCCAGUGGCACCAGCUAGGAGUUACAGGCCAUCUGAAUGCGGUUAUUCUUCAAGAGCAAGCUCAGUCCGAAGUAGUCCUGUGUCCUCUGAUUUUUCUGAUCAAAGUGAAACUACUGCUGAUUAUUUCAGUCGUUGCAACCACAGGGGAAGCAUUGUUUCUGAUGCAGAUUACGGCCAAGUUUUGAAUAGUCUGGAAGAAAAGAGUGAAAAAUCACAUUCAGAAAUAUUUUCAAGGCCCUCAUCUCGCAAUUCAGUAAGUGCAGCUCCUCAGAGUGGCAACUCAUCUAGGAGAGGAAGUGGAGAUGCAAGUAGUUUGGUGGAUCCUGAUGCCUCCCUCAGUGAAUUACGGGAUAUCUAUGAUCUUAAGGACCAGAUACAUGAUGUAGAAGGGAGAUACAUGCAGGGACUUAAAGAAUUAAAGGAUUCACUAGCUGAAGUUGAAGAGAAGUACAAGAAAGCUAUGGUUUCCAAUGCCCAACUAGACAACGAGAAAAACAACUUGGUUUACCAAGUGGAUACUUUAAAGGAUGUUAUUGAGGAGAAAGAAGAACAGAUAGCAGAGUUCUAUAGGGAGAAUGAAGAGAAGUCAAAGGAAUUGGAAAGACAGAAACACACCUGCAGUGUUCUGCAGCAUAAGCUGGAUGAACUUAAAGAGGGCCUUCGACAGAGAGAUGAAUUGAUAGAGGCGAAUCAACGUAUGCAGGAGAAUAUAGACUUCAUAACCAAAGAAGUGUUUGAUCUCCAGGAGACAAUUAAUUGGAAAGAUAAAAAAAUAGGGGCCCUAGAAAGACAGAAAGAUUACUUUGACUGCAUUAAGAAUGAGCGAGAUGAGCUCAGAGAGGAGUUGGCUGACCUGAAGGAAACAAUGAAGAGAGGACAGAAACAUGGAUUAGUUAUAAUUCCAGAUGGUACACCAAAUGGUGAUCUAAACCAUGAAUCAGUGGUUGGUACAAUAACAGUUGUAUCACAAGAAGCUGCUCAGGUCUUGGAAUCUGCAGGAGAAGGACCACUAGAUAUCAGGCUACGAAAACUGGCUGGAGAAAAGGAGGAAUUACUGUCCCAGGUUAGAAAACUGAAGAUGCAGUUAGAAGAAGAACGACAGAAAUACUCUAAAAGUGAUAGCAUGAAUCCAGAUACAAUAGACUUGGAGAAUGGCUCUGACUUGCAGCUAAUUGAAAUGCAAAGAGAUGCCAACAGACAAAUAAGUGAAUACAAAUUUAAGCUUUCAAAAGCUGAACAAGAUAUAACUACUUUGGAACAAAAUAUUGGACGCCUUGAGGGACAGGUUGCAAGGUAUAAAAAUGCAGCAGAAAAUGCAGAAAAAGUAGAAGAUGAACUCAAAGCUGAAAAAAGGAAGCUUCAGCGAGAGUUAAGAACAGCACUGGAUAAGAUAGAAGAAAUGGAGAUGACCAAUAGCCAUUUAAUGAAAAGGCUGGAGAAGAUGAAGGCAAAUAGGACUGCGCUUUUAUCUCAACAGUGAAAUGGAAAUUGAAAAUAUAAUGCACUGCUCCUUGAAUAACUAGUCCCUAGCUUGUUUAUAAAUACAGACUUUCAGUGGCACAAACUUAUUUGAACACUGAGCUGUUCACUGGUGGUUUAGUUUCAUAAUUAAAUGACAUACUUUUUGUAAUUUAUGAGAGAAUGAAAUGUAGUUUGAAUUCUCAUGUGAAUGACAGCAGUUUUUCAGUAGUGUUUGAUUCUAGAGUCAAAGACAGUGCACAAUGCUGUAUAUUUUUACAACUGUGGAAUCAAGUUUACUCACGAUCUCUUUUGGCUGCUUUAAUGAGGCUUGAUGGCUUGAUGCUCAGAGACAGCUGCAUGAAUUCAAGACAUUGUUAAGAAACUAACAUAUACUUGCCUAAGACAUCACACAGCACAAGUGCCUUUUAUCUGGUGCAAUUUAGUCUUCAUUGUUGAAAUAACCUUUGGAACCAGAAAGCAUUUUAUUUUAAGAUACAUUUUGAAAAUACAUUUUUUAAAAUAUUUAAAUUUAUAAGAAAAAAAUAGGGACUGUAUAUAAAGAUCGGCUUCUUUUGCAUGGGCACAUCUGACUUCUAUGUAAUUUUGGCAAAUACUAGCCCCUGAUACUCUUAGCAUUAAGAGCAGAAAUUUAAAAACUGCAGUUGUACACCAUCAAAUUGUGUCAUCUGCUUAAGUGCGAAUGGAAAUUUUAUGGGGAGGGGAAGAAGGGGGUGAGAAAUGUGGCUAAGGAGUUUAUUAAAUGGACACUUUACUGACUAAAA